CUGAACGCAACUUUUCCUCCUCCCUCCGCACCCGCUCCCCCUCCGCUGCGCGCUGUCAGCGGGGACCGGCGAGGGAGGCGAGCCCCGGCGAGGAGGAGGAGAAGAGGAGGAGGCAGGAGGGGCUGUGUGUGCAUGUGUGUCUGCUGCUGGAGACCGGGACCCGGCGCUGGAGGUGUCCGCUGAAAUAUGGAGCAUAGUCUUGGAUGUGUUUGGGUACCAAAGCUGGUUUUUCUCCUCUUGGUGUUCUCGCUGGCGAGCCUGCAUCCUCGAGUCGAGGGUUCACAAUUUAAGGCUUUUACAGCAUUGAAGUUCUUGACUGAGCCUUCAGAUGCUGUCACCAUGCGUGGAAGCAAUGUGCUGCUGAAUUGCGUUGCAGAUUCAGAUCAAGGAGCCCCAGUUAUUAAAUGGAAGAAAGAUGCCAUCUUCUUAAACCUGGCAGUAGAUGAAAGGAGGCAGCAGCUGGCCAACGGAUCACUCCUGAUACAGAAUAUAGUCCACUCCAGGCACCACAAGCCAGAUGAAGGUCUCUACCAGUGUGAAGCAUCUCUAGAAGGCAUUGGAGCUAUCAUCAGUCGGACAGCUAAGGUCAUGGUAGCAGGACCACUGAGGUUUCUUUCCCAGACGGAAUCUGUCACAGCAUUCGUAGGAGACACGAUUCUGCUGAAGUGUGAAGUCAUUGGGGAGCCCAUGCCCGUGGUGCACUGGCAGCGAAACCAGGAGGACUUGCUCCCGAACUCAGCCGACAGCCGAGUGGCCAUCCUGCCCUCUGGAGCUUUACAGAUCAGCAGGGUCCAGCACGGGGACAGCGGGAUCUACAGGUGUCUGGCAAAAAACCCAGCCAGCUCAAGAACUGGAAACGAUGCAGAAGUCAGAGUUUUGGCAGAUCCAGGUUUGCACAGGCAGCAGUUUUUCCUGCAGCGACCGUCGAACGUGGUGGUCAUGGAAGGGAAGGAUGCUGUUCUGGAGUGCUGCGUUUCUGGGUACCCCCCUCCCACCUUCACGUGGCUGCGAGGAGAUGAAGUGCUCCCCACCAGGUCCAAAAAGUAUUCGUUGCUGGCUGGGAGUAACCUCCUCAUAUCAAAUGUGACUGACGAUGAUUCUGGAACAUACACAUGUGUAGUCACCUACAAAAAUGAGAACAGCAGUGGCUCUGCAGAGCUGUCAGUGAUGGUUCCACCAUGGUUUUUAGUUCACCCUUUAAACCUUUAUGCCUAUGAGAGUAUGGACGUCGAGUUUGAAUGUACUGUGUCUGGUAAGCCUGUUCCUACAGUGGAGUGGAUCAAGAAUGGAGAAGUGGUCAUUCCCAGCGACUAUUUUCAGAUAGUGGGUGGCAGCAACUUACGGAUUCUGGGCUUGGUAAAGUCAGAUGAAGGUUUUUAUCAGUGUGUAGCUGAAAAUGAAGCUGGAAAUGCACAGGCCAGUGCACAGCUAAUCAUCCCAGAGCCUGCUGUCCCAAGUUCCAGUGUCCUCCCCUCUGCCCCCCGAGAUGUGGUCCCUGUUUUGGUCUCCAGCCGAUUUGUCCGUCUCAGCUGGCGCCCACCCGCCGAAGCCAGAGGCAGCAUCCAGACAUAUACAGUCUUCUUCUCCAGGGAUGGCAUCAACAGGGAACGGGCAGUCAACACAUCUCAGCCUGGAACGCUUCAGCUUACCGUGGGCAACCUGAAACCAGAGGAGACCUACACCUUCCGAGUACUGGCAUACAACGAGUGGGGACCGGGAGAGAGCUCGCAGCCCAUCAAGGUCGCCACGCAGCCAGAGUUGCAAGUUCCCGGGCCGGUGGAAAACCUGCGGGCUGUGUCUACCUCACCAACAUCGAUUCUUGUCUCCUGGGAUCCUCCUGCCUAUGCCAAUGGCCCUGUCCAAGGCUACAGGCUCUUCUGUACAGAGACAGCGACUGGAAGAGAGCAGCACGUGGAAGUGGACGGGCUCUCCUACCGCCUGGAGGGGCUGAAGAAGUUCACCGAGUACACCCUGCGCUUCCUCGCCUACAACCGCUACGGCCCCGGCGUCUCCACUGAGGAUGUGACGGUCACCACGCUUUCGGAUGUGCCCAGUGCAAUGCCUCAGAACAUCUCCUUGGAAGUGGUGAACUCCAGGAGCAUCAAAGUUAGCUGGUUGCCUCCACCACCAGGUACUCAAAAUGGAUUUAUUACGGGCUAUAAAAUCCGACAUAGAAAGACUACCCGCAGGGGUGAGAUUGAAACACUGGAGCCAAACAACCUCUGGUACUUGUUCACAGGACUUGAGAAAGGAAGCCAGUACAGUUUCCAGGUGGCUGCAAUGACAGUGAAUGGGACAGGUCCCUCCUCAGACUGGUACACAGCAGAAACACCCGAGAAUGACCUCGAUGAAUCUCAGGUUCCUGACCAGCCAAGCUCUCUUCAUGUCAGGCCCCUGACAACCAGUAUUGUCAUGAGUUGGACUCCGCCGCUGAACCCGAACAUUGUUGUCCGUGGGUACAUCAUCGGCUAUGGCGUAGGCAGUCCAUAUGCUGAGACUGUGCGGGUGGACAGUAAACAGCGGUAUUAUUCCAUUGAAAACUUGGAACCAAGUUCCCACUACGUGAUUUCCUUGAAGGCCUUUAACAACGCAGGUGAAGGGGUGCCUCUGUAUGAAAGUGCUACCACCAGGUCAAUGACAGACCCCAUUGAUCCAUUAGAAGUUGAUUUUUAUCCUUUGCUUGAUGAUUUCCCUACCUCAGUCCCAGAUAUCUCCACCCCCAUGCUCCCACCAGUAGGUGUCCAGGCUGUUGUACUUACACAUGAUGCAGUGAGGGUCAUCUGGGCAGAUAACUCUGUCCCAAAGAAUCAAAAGACAACGGAGGUUCGCUUCUACACGGUCCGAUGGAGAACAAGCUAUUCGACAAAUGCUAAGUAUAAGUCAGCAGAUACAACUGCUCUGAGUCACACUGUGAUCGGUCUGAAGCCAAACACCAUGUAUGAGUUCUCUGUCAUGGUCACCAAAGGCCGGCGGUCCAGCACCUGGAGCAUGACCGCACACGCCACCACCUACGAAGCAGCUCCAACCUCUGCUCCCAAGGAUUUGACAGUCAUUACACGGGAAGGGAAGCCCCGGACUGUCAUUGUCAGCUGGCAGCCACCAUUGGAAGCCAAUGGAAAAAUCACUGCUUACAUCCUCUUCUAUACUUUGGACAAGAACGCUCCCAUUGAUGACUGGAUUAUGGAGUCCAUCAGCGGUGACCGGCUGACCCACCAGAUCAUGGAUCUCAACCUGGACACCGUGUACUACUUCAGAAUCCAAGCUCGCAACGCCAAGGGAGUGGGCCCCCUCUCCGAUCCUACUUUCUUCCGGACGCUGAAAGUGGAGCACCCUGACAAAAUGGCUAAUGACCAAGGUCGUCAUGGGGAUGGUUCCUACUGGCCAGUGGAUACCAACCUGAUUGACCGGAGCAGUCUGAAUGAGCCUCCCAUUGGGCAGAUGCACCCUCCCCAUGGCAGCGUCACACCCCAGAAGAACAGCAACCUCCUUGUCAUCAUCGUCGUCACUGUCGGUGUCAUCACUGUGGUGGUGGUGGUGGUGGUGGCCGUCAUCUGCACCAGGCGCUCCUCGGCACAGCAGAGGAAGAAACGUGCAACCCACAGUGCUGGUAAGAGGAAGGGCAGCCAGAAGGACCUGAGACCCCCAGAUCUGUGGAUACACCAUGAGGAGAUGGAAAUGAAGAACAUUGAGAAGCCAGCAGGCUCAGACCCUGCAGGAAGGGACUCACCAAUGCAGAGCUGCCAGGACAUCACCCCUGUCAGCCACAGCCAGUCAGAAACUCAACUGGGCAGCAAGAGCACCACACAGCCUGGUCCUGAGACAGAAGAUGUUGGAAGCAGCAUGUCCACGUUAGAGCGCUCACUUGCUGCCCGCAGAGCCACCCGUGCCAAGCUCAUGAUCCCCAUGGAUUCACAACCAAACAACCCUUCUGUGGUCAGUGCCAUUCCAGUGCCAACACUAGAAAGUGCCCAGUACCCUGGGAUCCUGCCAUCCCCAACCUGUGGAUAUCCGCACCCACAAUUCACCCUUCGUCCGGUGCCAUUCCCAACCCUCUCCAUGGACAGGACCUUUGGACCAGGAAGAACUGUUAGUGAAGGACCAGCACCACAGCAGCCACCCUUGCUGCCGCAGACACAGCCUGAGCACUCCGGCAAUGAGGAUGCCCCAAGCAGAACCAUCCCCACCGCUUGCGUCCGCCCUACGCACCCUCUCCGCAGCUUUGCCAACCCCUUGCUACCUCCACCCAUGAGUGCAAUAGAACCGAAAGUCCCUUACACACCACUUCUGUCUCAAACAGGGCCUAACCUCCCCAAGGCUCAAGUCAAAACUGCAUCUCUUGGCUUGGCAGGAAAAGCCAGGUCACCUCUGCUGCCCGUCUCCGUGCCCACAGCCCCAGAGGUCGCAGAAGAGGGACACAAGCAGACGGAGGACUCCGCAAAUGUUUAUGAGCAGGAUGAUCUGAGCGAACAGAUGGCCAGUUUGGAGGGGCUAAUGAAGCAACUCAAUGCUAUCACAGGCUCAGCCUUCUAACAGCUCUUGAUGAGGUGAUAAUUAUCCCGGAGCAUUGCAACAUACCAGGAUUUCGCUCAUACUACCCACUUAACACGACCCCAUCACAAAUCAUCUUGUUGCCGGUAUCACUCCUUCAGCGCAAGGAAGAUGCCUGCAAAUUCCUAAAAAGAAUGAUUAAAAAAAAAAAAAAAAAGAAGGGAAGAAUAAUAAUGGAGAUGUUGCAGAACUUUAGAUCUGGCAUCUAAAGUGAUGAAAGCAUGAAAGCAAAUGACGUUGUCACCAUGGGGUCAUUAGCUGAUGCUACCAGAUUGCUCAUUUUGAUCUACUAGUAUUUGUAGAGCUGAAGUUGUCAUGACUAACUCAUGUUUUACUCCGUAGAGAUUCGUAGCUCUUUGUGUAUAUCUAGUCUUACCUCAUGCAAGUAUGUUUUUAAACAUAGACUGUGCCAUUAAUGAGACAGUGUUGUAGGUCACUCGUUUGUUUUUGGGUUUUUUUAAAUAUAUAAUUACUGACUACAAAAACACCCAUAGCAGAUGAUCACACCACAACACCAAAAAUUUGGAAGCUUUCCCAACAGCACAAAAUGAAAAGACAAAUUACUAAUUUCUUUUGUUGUCUCUGUCAGUUAUCUCUCACGAGAGGUGGGGAUUAGUGAGUGGCUGUAAAAUUCAGCCACUUCAGCAUUUCCUCUCGUAGUUAAUGUUUUAUGUAUGGAAAAACAGAGAACCAGGAAUGUAAAAAAAAAAAAAAAAACAACGGAAAAAAGGGGAAAAAUAGAAGUCUGAGUUUGCAUUGGUGGCCUGCUGCCAGCCAGCCGGUGUGCACUUGCGAAAAGAGAACGUGAUAUGCAAUCUUCUCUGACACGCAGUCAUUACAUGCUUAAGCUUAUAAUAAAACGUGUCUGCGGAUGAGUGGCCUUUGUGCCAGACCAUGAUGACGUUGGAAAGCACUGCUGGGGCCACCACGAGCCGGAGCAGAAUGAAAAACAGGGCUGAAGUUGCCUCUCUUGCCUUCCUUGCCUUCUUUGCCUUUCCCAUCCACCCUGCAUCCCCAGGGAUGUCUCUGAUCUGAUGACCCAUCCACCUGGGAUGAUGAUGGGCAGAGGAUGAGGAGGGAAAAGAGGUGGCAGGCGCUGGGUGCUUCCCACAGGUAGGACAUGAGCCUGGAGGAAGAACCACAGAGGCCGGUAAAUACCUGAUAAAUAAUUUAGGAGUUUUUUUCUGCAAGUGUGGUAUUUCCUGGUUGAGAUCAGCAGUACUCCAUGAGAACAGUGAGAAGAGAGCGGAGAGCAGCAGGAUAGCGUGAACCAUCCUUAGGGAUUCCCUCUCCUUGUCCUAGUGCGUUAGCUGCACAUUACGGUGUUUAUUGACAACCAUAACUGGUUGAAUUGGCUAGAUUUUGUGUGCAUACAUUUUAUUGCUAAAUUUUCGGCUGCAUUCAGCAUUAAUCUCUGUUUAUGCAGCUGAAUCACCAAAAGGGAGCUAAUUUGCAUAUUUAUCAGUUAGGAGGCUGCAAAACCCAAUAAGAGAGUUUCAGAUGAAUUAUUCCAUUCAGCUCUGCCUUUGAUUUCAAGCUUGAGUGGGUCAUAAUUUUAAAAGAGCAUGGAAAGGAUAGGAUCUUUACAACCUAAUAGCUCCUUUUGUUAGGUGGGUAAUUAUAUCUGAAUCUCCGAAUAAAAUAUUUUGAGUAAAAUGGCACUGCAACAGAAGUAAAAAUUCAGAUUAUUUUCUAUGGCCCCGUGUUGGAACGGAAAUCAGAUGUCAAGGAGGAAUUCAAAUGCUUCGUUAGGAACGCUAGUGUUUCUGUGAAAAUGCUCCUUUAAAAAUGCUCUGUUAUUCAAUUUGCUAAGAUUUUAAUGAAAUAUUUCUCAGGAGUGGGAAAAUCUUGUUUGCAUGGAAGGCUGAGCUUUCCAGUUUGGAAAGAUUUGUAACCAAAAGCCUCUGCUAAAAAUAAAAUGCACAAAUCUUUCCCGAUGAAAACCCAGACCUUAGAAAAUCACUACCUCCAUUUUAACUGAAAAAAAGAAGGCUUAAUGCCACUUUUUAAUAACUCCCCCUCCGUAUUUGCAGAGAUUGACGUCGUUGAAACAAGAACAUAAGGUCAAAUCUGUUUCUCAGUUAUCAUUUAUGAAAUAACUUGAUUGGCAGCAAGAUAGCUGAGAACAGAAACUGCCCCCAUGACUUUAGAGAGUAUCACUGCACCUUUUUUAAUCACGGAAUACUAAUCCAGGAACAAGUGUAUAACUAUCCCAAAUUGCCUACAGGAAGAUGAGCCACAAAGAGGUUUGCAAGCUGGAUUUGGUUUGGUUUGGACACAAGAGUUGCAGUGUCCGGGAGCUUUGGCCUCUUCGCUUUGUUGAGGUGUCAUUCUUUGUCUCGACACCAAGCCCCUGAAGUUUGCAGGUUGAUCUGGCCCUCAUGUUAGCACAACCUUUCUUGUGCUGUAUGAAAUGUGCCUGUUUUCAGGCUCAGCCCAUUUAAUUCACAGACCAAGGCCGAGAUCCACACAAAAACAAGUGCUCAUGUACUCUACUGCAGGAAGGAACAACUCUAUCGUUUCAGCCCAAGCAAGACACAGCCGCACUGCAUCCCCUUUCUAAAUAAACUAGUAGAAAAUUUCUUUUCAAUUUAAUCUCAUCAUUUGUCAGUAAAACCCAAUUAUUCCUUACAAACACUGAGUUUGGGGAUUUUUUUAUUUUUAUCUUUUUUCAUUUUUUCAUUUUCCUUCAGACCUUCACUUGACAACCAGAAAAGGGCUUUACCCUUCACCUCUUCUGAGCCACCCAACACUGAAUUCAGGUGUCGUUGUCCUAAGGAGCAUUGGAGACUUUCCCAGCCUUCAUUUGAGGAUGAUUUUAUUACAAUACCUGCCUAAUUAUCAAGCAGGCAUUUCUUUUAAAAUUUCGCCUUAUGUGUGAACUACGUAACUUGCAAAAUUCCAAUGUUUUAGUACUAAACUUCCAUGUUGUAUUUUGCCGAUGCGCUAUUUAUUGGCAGUGAGCUUGGCUGAGACUUUCUUUGUAUUUUGACAAAUUCCUCAACUGCCAGAAUAUUUAUAGCCCGUGACUAUGUCAGCCAUGGACACUCCCAGAAAAAUGCAGUGAGAAAUCUGUCAGUGCAUGAUGGGCUCAUGAAGCUCAAUGUUACCAUGGAAGAUCAUCAGCUAACCAGUACAACAGGGCUGCCAUAAACAGGUGGGAAAAUAAAAACAGCAGCCAAAAAAGGAUAUAUUUUUUAUAUUUUAUUUCAAUUAG